AUGUAUGGUGCCUUAUUUAAUCAGUUUUAAUGUAGAAAACAGAAGAAAUAGGGAAGUGCCUCUGGAUUGCUCUUUCUCGGUUGCUAAAUUGUUACCAUAGUUACAGUAACAUUCCACAGGACCACUCAAUGUAAAUAAAAUCUAUUUUUAUCACAAGCAGUAUUUCGAUUGCCAGGAUUUAGAUACCACGCCAUUUUGCCAAGUCAAUAUUUACGAUCGAGAGAUCCUAAUAAAAAUACAGUUACGGCUUCAAUAAGCAAGAAAUUUGGCAAACACGAUUCAAGCCCAAGGAGUGGCACUGUGUGGAUGUGAGCAAUUCUCGGGAGGUAGAGGAGGUGUCCAGAAACCGUUUGCAGGGCAUGCGCCGUGUAUUUAUGUAGUGUGUGGGACUUCGCCAGGGACCUGUCCGUUACACAAGACGUAGUUUCUGUUACACAUGUCCUAGUGUCCGUUACACUUGACGAAGCAGCCGUCACGGUCAUUGACUGUUGGUCAUCGACCAGAGUGGACCACUGUCAGUACGGUGGGGUUUACUCUGUGUAUUGCUGCAGACUUCUUUGUGUUAUCUGUUAUAAUUCUGGAGUUAAAAAGACCACAAUGUGCAACAGUUGUAGGACGAGCUCCGUCUCAUACAAUCUGUCCCUGAAAAGGACCCAAGAGACCUAAAGUUCAGUACCAUACGUACUUAUAACCCAAUUAGAGGUCUUGAAUAUAAAGGGUGCCCAGGACCAUUUAAUCAAACGAACAAAUAUCAUUCAGUAUGGAAGAGAGUUGCAUAGACUAAUCGAUGCUGUGAUUGCAAAAUACGAAAAAAGAAGCAUGUCGUUCGAAAGUUGAAGAUUUAAAUUUUCUGGGUUCAGAUAUUUCAAAAUUUAAAAUAAUAUGGACCGAUAUGCUUAUGAGUUACAUGUAUGAAAGGAACCAAAAUACAAUAUCGUUGAGAAACAUUGCCAAACUUCUGGAUUAUCAAUUCAAAAAAAUAAAGAUUACAUAAUAGUUCUAAACAGAUAUGACAUCGGCGUAGUUCCUUUUGACUCUUUAUCCUUAACAUCGAGGGAGUUUUGUCAGAUAUAGGAGACAAAAAUUAUCACCAUCUGUUAAAAUCAAAAUACCAAGAUACGAGGACUGCCGGUUUCUCUUCCCACAGGUGGUAUGGAUUCAGUUGAAGCUAAAGAAACCAAUGAAAAGGAAACAAACGAAUCUCUGGAAAGUGAUAUACCAUCUACAUCUUCAGGAAAAGCCAGUAAUUCUACAACAAAAUCGGACUAUGAAUGCGAUAACAGUGCUGUUGGGAAAUUAGGGGCCUUUCUUGAAGUCCCAAAAGUCUUGAACAUCAUCAAAACUAAAUUCCGUUGGACGUACAAAGUAGAAUGUGGUCGCGGUACUAAUCAAUUUUAUGUGAGUGGUUCCAAAAGUAUUAUCAAACACAUGGACAGCAAAGGCAUACUACUAGAUGAAAUAGCAACGGAGUCCAGAAACAUACCUAGGUGCUUCACGGUGAGCAGGGAUGGGCAUUUGAUGUACAGUGACACUGUUGACAGAAGCAUUAAUGUUGUAAACAAUGGAAAAGUCAAAUGUAUCGCUAAAGUCGGGGUCUGGAAACCACAGAGCAUCUGCAGCACUAGUUCUGGUGAAUUGCUGGUGGCCUUGAAAGCUGAUGAUGUGGAUGAGGCUAAAGUCGUUAGAUACAGCUCGUCCAAAGUGACACAAGAGGUUCAGUUUGAUAGCAAUGGUCAGCCUCUGUACAGCGACCCACACUAUAUUGACGAGAACAAGAACUUGGACAUUGUCGUCAGUGAUUUUGAUGCCAAGGUGGUGGUUGUGGUGGACAAAAUUGGCAGCUUCCGGUUUACUUAUAAAGGGAAUCCUUCCGAUAAGACGAGUGAUGUGUUCUGUCCUCGUGGUUUAACUUCUGACAGUAUGUGUCACAUUCUGGUGGCGGACUUUGAGAAUAAUCUUAUACACGUGAUAGAUCAGGACGGACAGUUCCUCCGACUCAUCCAAAACUGCGGUCUUCAUUUACCGUUGGAUCUAAGUACAAAUAGCGACAAUAUUUUGUUUGUUGUUGAAUACUAUAGCAACAGGGUGAAGGAAAUUCAGUAUUUGAAGUGAUCGUAACAUAUUUAGUGCAACUUUACACUGCACAGCCUUAUCAUUCUUAUUAGCAGAUAUAUCAUAUCGUAAACGUUUACCGACUGUUCGGAAAUUAUGUAAAAUGUGCAUCAUUCAAACGAACAACAAUAAUUCAGAAUCAUGAAAGAUAUUUGCAUAGACCAUAUCAAAGAUGUGAUUGAAAAAUACAAAACAUUAGCGUGUCAGUUGGAAAUGUAUACUCCUUUAUAAUUGUUUCCGGUGAAAAUUGGGAAACCUGACAGACAAUUUCAGAUAUACAGAUUUUAGUAUUAUUUUAUAUAUACAUAAAUACAUCGAUAAAGUUAGAGAUAGGAAAUCUGAAGAUAAAAACAAUCUACAAUAUACCAGAAGAUCCAGUAUUUGAGGUUAAAUGUAAAGACAAAGGUUUAUGCAAUCAUUAAAUUUAAUAGAUUAGAUGGGGAGUACAAUUGUCCAAGCAAAGGAACUGAUGAUACAGGUACAAACACAGUAGGAUGAAAAAUAGGACUAUAGCUUUAGUUUAUCGGUUCUUCAAAACAAUUUUGCGAAUUAGCAAAUAACCGUACAACCGUUAAAUAUUACCCACUAACUAAUCUCAGCUUCCCCGCGUUGGUCUGAAAUUAAAUAUUAUAGUAAUAUAUUUACAUCUCCCUAGUAUUAUUCCUUCUAUUUCUUACGGAAACUUAUAGUUAAUUCAUACAUGUAGCUCUAUAGAAACUGCCAGACUGAAAUCUACACGCCCCAUUUAUCGAUUGGUCGAAAUCUACAGCGGCUGAAACUGACAAGAAAAUGACAGGGCAGAUAUCGACACGCCCUGUUUAUUGAUUGGUCUAAAACCUAUAGCGACCUAGGAAAAAUCACGGACUGCACGAAAUAAUUAUGACGAUGUCAGACUCAAAGUCUCACAGGAGACGAUUUGGCUGUUUCUUUUAGCUAACUUACUUACGUACAUGUACAUCAACAGUAAUUUAGUGAAUUUUACUUACUUUUCCUAAUCAAUUUAUCGAUAAGCUUAAAGAAAGAUGUUAAUAUAAACAAUAAAAUGCUUUCUUUGAUGAUUCAUUCGGGUUAAAUGAAGGUAGUGAUCAUUGCAGAAAAAAUUUACUGCAAUGUCACUACCUUCAUAUCCCAAAUGAAUCACCAAAGAAAGCUAGAUGACUUUCUGGUAGCAAUGUAGCAUACAUGUACUUAUAUGUUGGAUUCCUUAAACGUUUUUAACAUUUAUUAGUGUUUCAAAAAUAGAAGUAAGAGAUGGCAUCAAAAUACGAUCGGUAAAUGCUCCCGUUUUCUUUGACAUACGGUAAUUUCACAUGAAUGUGUUUAAAUUGGUUUCUUUUUCUUAUCACUUCUUUAUUUUGUAUAUACUAGUAACAAUUUUCACUGUGUGUUGAAAUUAUAACACUGUUAAUAUGUUGUGCAUUAUGAAAUCUCCUUAAGGAGGAAAUAAAGAGAGAGUGAAAAGAAGUGUUUUAUCUUAUACCGCUGGUGCAUGUUGAAUAGCGUCUAUUAUUUCGUACUUGAGCUGCAUUCACUAAAGACGUCAGAUUUCCAAAUAGAUGUACUGUAGUGUAUACAUGUACUAGUAAUUGGUUA